CGCCUGACCGGAAGUAGAAUGUGUUCAUUCAGAGCAGCGCUGUAGACAGUGUGCGGUGUCGUUAUGUUACUGUAUGUAGUAAACAGUGAAGGUUAACUCAUAUUCACUGUAGCUUGGCUAUAGUUAUUGUGUUAUGGCGGCAGGAGGAGCAGCGCAUGUGGGAGAUGUGGAGGAGGACGCGUCUCAGCUCAUGUUUCCUAAAGAGUUUGAGAACGCAGAGACGCUGCUGAACUCAGAGGUCCACAUGUUGCUGGAGCAUCGCAAGCAGCAGAACGAGAGCGCGGAGGACGAGCAGGAGCUGUCGGAGGUCUUCAUGAAGACCCUCAACUACACCGCCAGAUUCAGCCGCUUCAAGAACAGAGAGACCAUCGCCAGUGUGCGCAGCUUGCUUCUGCAGAAGAAGCUUCAUAAGUUUGAGUUGGCAAGUUUAGCCAAUCUGUGUCCGGAGGCUGCGGAGGAGGCCAAAGCCCUCAUUCCCAGUUUGGAAGGCCGGUUUGAGGAUGAGGAGUUACAGCAAAUCCUGGACGACAUUCAGACCAAACGCAGCUUCCAGUACUGAACCUCCAUCCUUCACUCCGUCAUGAGUCCCUUCGCUUUCUCUAAUGGCCCUUUAUAUAUUGCCACAAUUGUUCCUUUCUGUAGUUGUUUAAUCUGCUGUUGUUUUGAAAAAUAAAGUGUUUUUGAUAAAAUUGA